GCACACACUUCCCUGUAUAAAUAUCGUCGGCCCCUAUCCGCCGCUCGAAAACGAGUUCUCACAACCUCACCGUUCCUGUCAGAUCCGCGCUCAUAUCGGUUCCCAAACCCGCAUCAUCCAUCACACGGCGAAAUCGCAUUUACACUCCAACCACACGUCGUAACCACAUCACUACCGCACACAACCCCCACCCUCCACACCCAAACACCCCCACAAUGAUGGCCCAAACAGAAAAAAUCACAAAAGAAACCUCCCUCGCCGCCCCUUCCGACCCGGCCAAGGUCGCGCUGAUCACGGGCAUCACGGGCCAGGAUGGGAGUUAUCUGACUGAGCUGUUGCUGAGUAAAGGGUACACGGUACAUGGCAUCGUCCGCCGCUCGUCGUCGUUCAAUACCGGAAGGAUCAGCCAUUUGUAUGAGGAUCCACAUCAGAACCCAAAGAUGAUCCUCCACUACGGCGACCUCACCGACGCGACGAACCUCGCGCACAUCGUGACGAAAGUGCAGCCGACCGAGAUCUAUAACCUCGCCGCGCAGUCGCAUGUCAAAGUGUCGUUUGAUAUGUCUGAGUAUACCGCGGACGUGGACGGCGUCGGCACCCUCCGUUUACUGGACGCGAUCCGCACGGCCGGGUUGGCGCACAAGGUCAAGUUCUACCAGGCGUCCACCAGUGAACUGUACGGCAAGGUGGUCGAGACGCCGCAGUCGGAGACGACGCCUUUCUACCCGCGUAGUCCCUACGGCGUCGCCAAACUCUACGCCUACUGGAUCGUCGUCAACUACCGCGAGUCUUACGGCAUGAAGGCGUGCAACGGGAUCCUGUUCAACCACGAGAGCCCGCGGCGCGGCGCCACCUUCGUCACAAGGAAGAUCACGCAGGCCGUGGCUAAUAUCCAUCAUGGGAACCAGGAGUGUUUGUAUUUGGGGAAUAUUAAUGCGAAGAGGGAUUGGGGACAUGCGAGGGAUUAUGUUGAGGGAAUGUGGCGCAUGCUUCAACAAGAGGAACCCGAAGACUACGUCCUAGCCACCGGCGAAACACACACAGUCCGAUCCUUCGUCGAGAAAGCCUUUUCACGGAUCGGAGUCACCAUCCAAUGGUCCGGCGAAGGCGAGAAAGAGAUCGGGAUCGAUUCCUCGAGCGGCGCCGUCCGAGUACGAAUUGAUCCACGGUAUUACCGCCCUGCUGAAGUUGAGUUGUUGUUGGGUGACCCGAGCAAGGCGCAUCGGAAGCUGGGGUGGGAGAGGAAGGUUAAGUUUGAUCAAUUGGUGAACGAGAUGGUAGACGCCGAUGUUGCUGCGACCAGCCCGCGCCCAGUCGCCGUUUCAAAGAAGGUUGUCCAGCCCGCAGGUGUGAUGCAAGACCUUCCCGACCCUGCAACGGCCAAGUUGACACACCCAGCCGCCGGGCCGGCUUUGAGCGCCGCUUGAACUGGAAGAUUUCCGUAUUUUGGACUGCGGGAGGGAGUGGGCGGCUCCUGGGCGUGAUGUGGGCUAUAUAUUUUGAGGGUUGUACUUGGACGGGCAUCACCGCAUGGUGCGGAUCUGUUUUCAAUGGACACUUUUUUUUCGAUUUUGGUAUUCAAGACGGACCGGACAUAUGUACCCAGUAAAGUACAUCAUAGAAUGAGAAGAUACUUGUUGUGAUAUCUGGCAUUUCCUCCGCAGCAGGAGCAUUCCAUAUUUCAGUGUGAC